GCUUUGAGAGAGAGGCAGGCGUACGACGCUUGCGCGCUUACCUUUGGCUUACAACUGACGUCGCGCGCGCAUGCUAUUCACUUGUACAUUCUAAAAUUAUUAUCAUACCCACUUUUCUCCCACAAUUUUCCGAAAGUGACAUAAUUAAUCGCAAAUCCACAAGUUCGGACGAAGUGUGUUUCUGUGACAGACUUUCCCAGUGUGUGUUUAAAGAAAAUUUUCUUAUUUUUCUCUCGUCAUUUGACACACAUAUCGUGUAACGGUGUGGAGAUCUGACGAUCCAUCGACUCGCUAAAAUCUGUGUGUUUUGUGUAUCUCGGAACAGUGUGCCGGAAUUUUAACGGACUUGCCUAAAGACGAGACACUUAAGCGACUGGGGUAUACGAUUAUCGAGAUACUAUAAGAACAAUGUCUCGGUGGAAGGGUAAAGUGAGGUAGCCAGCAGAUGGCAGCAGUCAGCGCGGCGAUGUUUCGGCCUGGGGGCGCGCUUGACCCCCCAUGUUACGGUCAACGGAUUUACGAAACACCUGAAAGUACGCGUCCGAAAAAAUGGUCUUCGAAACUGAGACUCAAUACCUCGGGAAGCUCCAAAUCUUCAGAGAAGUCACCCGAGAGCCCUUAUAUGUAUGGAACUAUUAGUGGACAAGGUGGUUCAGCAUUGUCGAAAUCCAUGAAGUAUGCAGAAACGUGGCUCUACGGGUCCGUGAGGACCCAAACUCCAACAGGAAGGCCGAGUGUCUUCUCAGCAUAUCCGGAAGUUCCCGGACCUGUUCUAAUAAGUACUCCUCAAAAACCAACUCCGCAUAAUUAUGCUGUUAUACUAUGUUCCUGUCCUGAAUACCUUAACGGUACGAAGAAAACCAGCUCUACCAAAGUCAGUAUAUGUAAGAAAUGCAAAGGAUCUCGUUUGCCACUAACUAUAACUGAAAGUCCACGAUUGUUAGUAGGUGGCACUGUGCGUGGUCCUCAAGUCAAUCGUGAUGCUGGUGGUUUAUUAAGAGCUGGUACUGUCAGAGUUCAAAACACUAAAUCUAGGCCUAGUAUUCUUAAACCCAACGGCGAUAAUGAUCCGUAUGACUUAAUGCGUAGAAGUAGAUUAGCUCCUCCACAUGAAACUCGUAUUGGGAGUCAGUUUUCAACAACGAGAUCUCGAGCCAAGAGUAUAAGCCCCUGUCGGAUCAAAGCUAAACAACCAAGUCCAGAAACUAUUAGCAAAAGUCGAAGUAAAUCAGUGAGCCGAGUUAAUGAACUAUGGAUUGAUGAAGAUAAUUCAACGGAUAAAAAGAAAUCCAUAUUAUCUUGCGAUAUAAAUCCCUACGAGUUGGUAAAAACGAGUAGUAGUUCUAAGUCUAUGGUCGAAAUUGAGUUUGACGAUGAUUUUGGGGAUGUCUUUCAAGAUUCUCCUAAAUCUAGGCCUUUAAAUAAGUCUAAAUCUGAUACAAAUGUUAAAGCGAUUAGUGGACAAAGAAUAAGGGUGUCAAAUGAACUAAAAACCAAUAGCUUAGAAGAAGGAUCUGUAUAUGACCCUGUUAAUUAUGAUCUCAAAAAUUAUGACUUUAAAUCUACUGAUAUGUCUUCAGCCUUAUCUUUACCCAACAUAAAAAAUGAAAAUAGUAAAUUAGCAUCAUUAGGUAAAAGUAGUAAUAAAAAAGUAGCAAGUAUAUCAAAUGCAAAUCGUAUAAAGCAGAAAAGUGUUUCACCGAAAAGACCACCGAGAAGAGUAAGACACAACAAAACUGAAGAUGACAGUGAAAGUGACAAUCAGCGCUUACCGGAAAAAAACUUUAAUAAAAAGCCCACCACUGAUUAUUCACGCAGCCCUAAAUAUAAAAAUCACAAUUCCGAUACUAUUAAAUCUAUUCUUAAAAAACCAAGAAACUAUGAAUCUAAUGACACUAAAAAUAAAGUUGAAAUUAAUGAAGAUUCAUUUGAAAGUAAAAGAAUUAAUUCUUCACAGUUUUAUCUUCCGAAACCUAAAGAUAAGAGCUUGAAUUCAUCUCAAAAUAUAUAUCAACGAAAAAGAGUUCAAUUUCUUGUCGAAAAUGAAGAAACCAAAGUAAUAUAUACAGCAGACUUAAAUUUACACGAUAAUAACUUCAAGGAAGAAAAACCAAGCAUCGUUGUUGAAACGGAAGAAGAAAUAAUUGCUGAAGGUGAUGUCGUAAGCCAUAGUUUAGAAGCAGCCGAAAAUGAUAUUACAUAUUUGAAUGACACCAUUAAUAUCCAGAAUGAUUCAGAAGUAUAUGAAGAUGUGCAAAUCAAUUUAGAGCUAAAUAAAAUUGCUACAGACAUUAUAGCAAAUAAUACUGUAAAAGAAGAAACUGAUGCUAUUCCUAUAAACAACGAAGAUAAUAAUGUACCUAAAAUUCCAGUUCUACGUCGCUCCGAAUCAGAAAGGUUAGCUUCAACUAUAUGCAUUUCUCCUCCAAAGUUUUUAGACACUAUGGCUCUUCGAUCUAAAAAUAAACACUGUCAUACAAGUCAAGUGUUUUUGGAAUUUGUGAAUGAAAUUGAGACGAUAUCGCAACAAAAAUGUGUAAGUUCCGAAAACCACAUCAAAGGAAAUGUUGAUAACGUUCAAGACUCUCCAAGUAAAAAUGAUAUUGACAUCGGAAAUUUAAGCGAUAGUAGUGAGAUUACAAGUAAAGUACUGAAAAAUUUACGCCAUGGUAUAACAGGUUCUCCAGAACCACCACCAAGAUUAAAAUCUAAAUCAAAGAAACACAAUUACGUUAAAACUAGAUUUGUGCGUCACAAUUCCGCAAGUUCAACUAGUGAUGAAUGGUCAGAUACAAAUGACAAUGAACAAAAAACUGUACUUAGAGUGAAACAAUUUGAUUCCGAUGAGUUCGAUGAGCCAAAGGAAAGAAAAGAGACUUGUAAAAGUUUGGAAAUAGAACCAAGAAAGACCUCCAUACAAAUUAACGGAAAUGAAUGCUAUUCCACUAUGAAUGUUAGGGGUGAUACACCAAUAUAUCUCUCAUCAGUAGUUGUAAAUGAUGACUAUAGUAAUGCCUGUAAUACUUAUCAAACGGGGACCACGGUUACUAUAAGUGUAGGGUCUCCAAAACCUGAACUUAAAAAGUCAAAAAGUCAAAUAUAUAUUGGAGCAGAGUUUCCAGGGCAAAUUGAUAAAACAGAAGAAUCAAAUACAUAUGAAGACUAUUGCAAUGAUGCUUAUAAAAAUCAAUAUUUAGAAUCUUUUCAUAAAAAUGAUAUAACUUCUAUCUUAAAUGAUCCAGUUGAAGCUGUGAGAAGAAACCUGAUACCUCAUGUUUGUGGGAAAAAAGAUAACAUCAGUAACUUGGAAAAAGUCGGGGAUCAAAGGAAUAUGGGAGAUGAAAGCAAACCUUCUGAAAGUGGUAAUUAUAUCACUAAACUCUUUGAUGAUCCAUUCUUUUCACACUUGGCAGAAGGGCUUGAUUCAGAUCUAGUUAAAAAAUUAAUUGAAAACUCGUUAAUAAAACUCCAAGAGACCAAACAUCAAGAAGGGACAGAAAGCAGCAAAGCAACCAUAGAAAAACUUAUAGAAAGCUCUCUUAUAAAUUUAAAAGAAGAAGUUCAAAAAGAAAACAGUCAAAAGGAGAAAAAGGCAGAUCAUAUGACGAAAACGACUUUAGUGGAAGAAAAUAGUGCACAUGAAAGUAGUGGUUGCUUAGAACAUGAUGAUAAAGGCUGCUCUGCUCCCUAUGAAAGUAUGGAGUACGAGAGCGGAGCCAUGGGAGUUUUUUCAGACAUGGAACCAAUGUCCGAUUGUUAUAAUGCGUCAGCUAGUGAAUUGUCAACCGAAGAUGACACUAAUUCUACGAGAUCAAAGUUUUACCAAAUGUUAGUAGAUGCUGCAAUUUGCGACAUUGAAAUAGCAAAUAAUACGGAUGACGAUCAUCUUUAUGAAUCAAUUAGAUUAAAUAGUGAUCCAAUUUAUGAAGAAAUUGGAGAUAUGCCUCCACCAUUACCAACAAAUCCUCCUCCUAAUUCGUUGCUGUCGUUAGAUGACGAGAAACGGAGUGGAUCACGCUCAAUUUUCGAAGGUGCAUCCAAAUAUGAUAUACUAUCUUACUUAGUAGAUGCUAAAGAAAGAGGAAUCGAUGAUGAAGAAACCUAUAUUACAAAUUAUGCUAAUGAAAAUGACAAUUCCAAUAUGUUAGAUGAAUCGAAAGAAAAAUCUGAGGCAAUUAAAUCUAAACUAAUUAGCAGUAACACCAGUCAGCUAUCUAAUGCAUCAGAUUCAAGUGAAGAUAACUCUUUAAUAAUUAAUCAAGACAGUAUAGAAAAGACUCUGGUAUGUAAAAAACCUUCAGCGGAAAUUGAGAGGAAUGAUUCUGGAGUUGGUUCUGAAACCAGUAAAUCUUCUAGAAGUAGACUGCAAGGAAAAAUCACACCAAAUAGCAUGAUGAAUGACAAGGAUGCUCCAAUUCAUUUAUGUGAGGAUUGCGAUACUGCGGUUGAAACUCAAAUUACUGAACAAGGCUCAGUGUAUGCUCCUUUAGUAUGUCGAAAAUGUUCUAAGAAGAGAACUGAAAGAAAAGAAAUAAUAACAGAAAUUGUGGAAACUGAAGAGAAAUAUGGCCGUGAUCUACAAAUUAUUCUUGAAGAAUUUUAUAAGCCCAUGUUAGUUGCUGGUUUACUGACACAGGAACAAUUAAGCGCAAUUUUUUUAAACGUUGAAGAGUUAAUAGAUAAUAAUCAAGUGUUAUCGGAAAAACUAAGAGAUGCUCUCGAAAUCGCCGUGGAACAGGGGGAUGAGGACUUACUGACGGUAAACGUUGGUAAGAUUCUCUUGGAGUGUUCUGGUAUGCUGACAGCUUUUCAGUCAUAUUGUGUAAAACAAGCAGGCGCCGCAUUGCUUUUAGCCGGUUUGGAGAAGGAGAAGGAACUCCUGAGGAUAUUCUUGCGCGUCUCGCAAAUGGAAAAUGUGGUUCUGAGGAGGAUGAAUCUAAACUCGUUCCUCAUGGUGCCGGUUCAACGCGUGACAAAAUAUCCCCUCCUUCUUUCGCGGCUGUACCGUGCAACUCCGACUUGCGCAUCAGAAAGAGAAGAUGUGAAGGGUGCUCAGCGUUGCGUUGAAUCCAGACUAGAAGAGAUCAACGCUGCCGCCGCCGCCGCUGCUGCAGCUGCGAGGGACGUGCCGUUGUGGAGAAGACUUGCUGCAGCGAGACGGACGGCGCAUGAUUUGCACGUCGCUGACAUAAGGCUGAGGAAGAUGGCUGUUGAUGUGCUGGAUUGGAAUCAUGAUGAUGCUAGGUUUGCAAUGGAGGGCAAGCUGCUGUUUACACAACCCAACGACAACAACUGGCGCAAGGGUCGGACGAUCAAACUGAUGUCGAUCAACGCCCUUUUGGUAACUAAUGGAAAGCCAACGAUCGCUCACAAAACGAACGAAUUACGGGAAACGAGAGAAGCCAGAGACAGAGAAGCGAGAGAAAGAGAAGGAGAAGCUCUUUUCGCACGCAGUGGAGUGAGAGAGGCUGCUUUGCUGUUAGUGAGAGAGAAGGCAGGAAGAUACACGUUGCAGAGAGAACCGCUCUUCCUCGAUCGCUGCGUGGUCGCCGCGGACCACGAGCCUGAACACUUCUUCGAAGUCCACGAGAUUACGACUAAGGAUUCCUUUAUUUUUAAGGCGGAAGAGAGUGCACGCACGCGCAUCUGGUAUCGGCAGAUCCAGUACCACGCCCAAGGCGCCGGCGCAUGGCGGAAACGGCGCAACGCUCUCGCGAACAUCAUGAUAAAUCCUAUGCUUACUAGAAACUAAAUUGAAAAGACUAGACUACAAAAAACAGGGACUUUUAGCGUUCUGUACCCGAAGAGUCCAAACGGGACUUUAUUACUAAGUCUCCACUGGUUUGCUUAAAAGUAGAGCAAGCUUUAAAUAAUGAAUUUUUUUCAGCUUGCCCAUUUCGGAACAAAAAUUUUUGUCACAUUUUGAGUUACAUUCAAAAUAAUUAUUAUUAACGGCAUUACAAGUAGGUACCUACUGGAUUAAUUAUUGGACCCAGAAAAGAGCCCGGAAAAGCUUAGAUAGAGAAAAUUGUUAAAAUCUGUUACUGAAAAUUAUUAGGUACUUACCUAAUUUAUUUCUCUAUUUUGAAUUAUAUUUUUCAGUAAUCUGAAACAAAAUUUAACGAGUACAUAAUAUAAUUUAAAACCGUACUGUACCUAGUGUAUUUGACAUUUCAAUUUGCAAUUAAUUGCAUGUGUUUUCCAAAACGAUUAUAUAAUAAAGUUUAAAAAAAAAUCUGAAUUUUAUUUGAUAUGUAUUUAUUUUUAUGCACAAAAGUAUGUUUGGAUGAUUUUAAAACAAAAGUAAAUUGAUACUUAAUUUGUAGUCUCGAUUGAUUGUAGAACAAACUUUGAUCAACUGCACCUAUUUGAUAAACUUCGGGCUUCAGAGCUAGCAUGGGCAGUAGAUAAAAAUUAUAUCCCCCGAUCAUAUCAACUGAAGUCAUAGAAAUCAGUGGAUAUAAUCGGGGAUAUAAUUUUUAUCCACUGCCCAUGCUAGCCGGGCUGGUAUGCACAAUAUUGCACUUAAUUUUAAGUCAAAAGUCCAUCUAUCUUAAUUGUAUUAUUUAAGUAAACGUAAAAAGCGUCACUUUAUAUUAUGUUUUGACCAUAAAAUUGGAAUAAGGAAUUUCUGAAUCUAAGAAAUGCAUAACUUGUAAUAAUUUUAAGUGCCACAGAUAAA